AUGGAGCCCCCCCGAGCGGCGCCCCCUCCCCCCGAGCUGGAAUUUGGGGGGCCCUGGGGCGUGGGGGCUCUGUUCGCUGCUCCUCCCUUUGGGGCUCGUGGGGGUCGUGAGCGCCACGGGCUGCUGUUGCUGGGGGGGGCCCUGGGGGGGUCGCUGGCCCUGGGGGUCCCCCUGCCCCCCCUGUGCCCCCUCCUCCCCCCGCUGGCCGCGGCCGCCUCCAGCGUCGCCUUCGGCCUCGCCCUCCUCAUCCUCGCGCGGCGGCGGCUGCGGGGCGGCGGCACCGGACACCCCGUGUAUGAAUUCUUCUUCCUGGUGCUCUCGGCGGCCCUGGGGGAGCAGCAGCGCCUUUGGGGCUCCCCCUCGCUGCCCCUGGCGCUCGUGGCGGCCGGCGCAGGGGGGGGCGGUGCUGCGGCGGCUCAGGGUGGGGGGGGGGCACGGGGGGGGGACACGGAGCUGAGCGUGAGUCCUGCCCCUGGCCCCGGGGGGUUCCUGGGGCUCUUUGGGGGUCUCGCCUGGGGCCCUUUCGGGGGUCCCCUCCCGGCGCUGCUGCUGCUGAGGAGACCCCAGCAGGGGCUGGGGGGCGCCGGGGGGGCGGCCUGUGGGGGGCUCUACGCUCUGGGCUUGUGGAUCUUCCACGGCGCCACCACCCAGAGGAGCCUCUUCAGCCGCGACCCCCGAGACCCCCGGGUGGCCGGUCUCGCCACGGUUCCCACGGCCACGGGGCAGCUGCUGCUGGCCGGGGGCUGGUGGGGGCUCGUGCGACGCCCCGAUGACCUCGGGGAGCUGCUGAUGGCCUUGGGCUGGACCCUGCCCUGCGGUCUGUCCCCACCGCUGCUGCUGCUCCUGGCGGGGGCGGCGCUCCGGGAGCUCCGGGCUCUGCAGGGGGAGCGGCGGCAGCGGCGCCGCUUUGGGGGGGCCUGGGGGGGGCUGUGCCAGCGCGUGCCGCACCGCCUGCUGCCCCUGCUCUACUGA